AGGGAUUGUCAUCAUCUUGGAAUUCAAAACAAUUUUGAUUAUGAGCGCUUCAUUAAAUUUGCUCGGGUUUGCGAAGUGAAAGAUAUGAUGCAUAUUUGUACCCGUGACAAGGAGGCUGGAAAUUUGUAUGACAUGUUCCACACACGAAACUGUCUGUACCGCAGAGCAUAUCAACACAAAGUUGGCAACCUUAUUGAAACCAUGAUUACUGAUGCCUUUUUAAAGGCUGAUCCACAUAUCAAAAUAAAGGGCUCAGGUGGAAAAGUCUUCCACAUCUCUACAGCACUGGAAGACAUGGAAGCCUACACCAAGCUGACAGAUGAAAUCUUUUUGAAGAUUCUACAUUCUGAUGAACCAGAGCUGAGUGAUGCACGCGAAAUUCUGUGUAAAAUACAGCGGCGCGAUCUCUUUAAAUGCUUGGGGGAAACACAGCCACCAGAGGGCAAGGAAAUUAAACAGGAAAAUUAUGAAGGAUUGUGUGCUGAAAUUGUUAAUUCCAAACCUAUGACAAUCUCUGAAGAUGUGGAACUGAAGGCUGAAGAUUUUAUUGUUGAUGUUAUUGAUAUGGAUUAUGGAAUGAAAAAAAAGAACCCCAUCAAUAAUGUUCAUUUUUACUGCAAGUAUGACAUCACUCAGGCAAUUAAAAUUACAAGAGAACAAGUUUCAAAGCUGCUCCCAGAAAAAUUUGCAGAGCAGAUCAUCAGAGUUUAUUGUAAAAAAAAAGAUACAAAGAUAAUUGAGGCUGCUAUACAGUAUUUUGUUCAGUGGUGUAUGGAUAAGGAUUUCACUAAACCACGGGAUGGUGAUGUGGUUGCUCCCAAACUUACUCCAAUGAAAAAAGGGUGGAAUAAGGAUGAUGAAAAUCAGGAUUCAAACAGGAACAGUAGUGGUUUAAAAUGUAAAGUAAAACUUUUUUAAGUGAGUUAGUAUAUUCCUUCAAUUCUCUGUGUGUGCAUUUUCUCAAUUGGUGUGGAUUUAGGGCAUCCUGUCACUCACUGUGUGUACUGCUUCAUUGACAGCGAUGUCAACUAGCUUCGCAUGUGUACUCCAUUCUGGAGCAGCAUAUCCUGCUGCAGAAAUAUUCAGGGCCAAAACUGAUGUCUGUGAUAUAGAUGGCUGAGCCCAUUCCCCAUGCAUACUUUGUUGAUCUCAUGAAAAUGUUGUUCCUCACACUAACUUUAGCCUUCAGGCAGUGUUGUUUAAAUUAAAAAUGGGAUCAUUGGUAUUCACAAGUGUAUUUUUUCCACUAGUGCAAACCAUCAACUGUGAAAUGAACCAGUGAAUAAAACCCAUGGCUUCAUAUAUAUUCUGAGUAAAUAUAUAAAAUAAACUUAGAGGGGUGAAGAUCUUGUGUUACUUGCUUGAAAUUCAUAUAUUUUCUAUGAAGGGUUUAUUCCAUAAUUCCUUAAUCAUGACAGCUGAUGAAUGUAUGAUAUAUUGAUUUAGAGCUAAAUAUUCAUUAGCACAAUAAAUAUUACAAUAUUUUAAUGUUAUGAAUAUUUUGAUCAUCAUUUUAAUAAUAAACAAUUAUAAAACAA